CGCCCCGCCGCCGCCGCCGCCGCCGCCGCCCCGGCUCGCCGCCGCCCGCCCGCCGGGCCCGCAGCCCCGGCUUCUGGCCGCAGGCGAGGCCCAGGCCGCGGCCGACAUGAACCACCAGCAGCAGCAACAGCAGAAAGCGGGCGAGCAGCAGCUGAGCGAGCCCGAGGACAUGGAGAUGGAAGCUGGAGAUACAGAUGACCCACCCAGAAUCACUCAAAACCCUGUUAUCAACGGCAAUGUGGCCCUGAGCGACGGGCACAGCAACACGGAGGAGGACAUGGAGGACGACACCAGUUGGCGCUCCGAGGCCACCUUUCAGUUCACUGUCGAGCGCUUCAGCAGACUGAGUGAGUCGGUCCUUAGCCCUCCGUGUUUUGUGCGAAAUCUGCCAUGGAAGAUUAUGGUGAUGCCACGCUUUUAUCCAGACAGACCACACCAAAAAAGCGUAGGAUUCUUUCUGCAGUGCAAUGCUGAAUCUGAUUCCACGUCGUGGUCUUGUCAUGCGCAGGCAGUACUGAAGAUAAUAAACUACAGAGACGACGAGAAGUCAUUCAGUCGCCGCAUUAGCCAUUUGUUCUUCCAUAAAGAAAAUGAUUGGGGAUUUUCCAAUUUUAUGGCCUGGAGUGAAGUGACGGAUUCUGAGAAAGGAUUUAUAGAUGAUGACAAAGUGACAUUUGAAGUCUUUGUACAGGCCGAUGCUCCCCAUGGAGUUGCGUGGGAUUCAAAGAAGCACACAGGCUAUGUGGGCUUAAAGAACCAGGGAGCGACUUGUUACAUGAACAGCCUGCUGCAGACUUUGUUUUUCACAAACCAGCUACGAAAGGCUGUCUACAUGAUGCCGACAGAGGGCGAUGAUUCAUCUAAAAGCGUACCGUUAGCCUUACAGAGAGUGUUCUACGAACUACAGCACAGUGACAAGCCCGUGGGAACAAAAAAGCUGACAAAGUCAUUUGGGUGGGAAACCUUAGAUAGCUUCAUGCAACAUGAUGUGCAAGAGCUCUGUCGAGUGUUGCUUGAUAAUGUGGAAAAUAAGAUGAAAGGCACAUGUGUAGAAGGCACCAUCCCAAAACUAUUCAGAGGAAAAAUGGUGUCCUACAUUCAGUGCAAAGAAGUGGACUAUCGGUCUGAUAGAAGAGAAGAUUAUUACGAUAUCCAGCUAAGUAUAAAAGGAAAGAAAAAUAUCUUUGAGUCAUUUGUGGAUUAUGUGGCCGUAGAACAGCUGGAUGGUGACAAUAAGUACGAUGCCGGGGAGCACGGCCUGCAGGAAGCAGAGAAAGGGGUGAAAUUCCUCACGUUGCCACCAGUGUUACAUCUACAGCUGAUGAGAUUCAUGUAUGAUCCUCAGACGGACCAAAACAUCAAGAUCAACGAUAGGUUUGAGUUCCCGGAACAAUUACCACUUGAUGAAUUUUUGCAAAAAACAGAUCCUAAAGACCCUGCAAAUUACAUUCUCCAUGCAGUCCUCGUUCACAGUGGAGAUAACCAUGGCGGACACUACGUGGUUUAUCUGAACCCCAAAGGGGAUGGCAAAUGGUGCAAGUUCGAUGACGACGUGGUGUCGCGCUGCACCAAGGAGGAGGCGAUCGAGCACAAUUACGGGGGCCAUGACGACGACCUGUCCGUCCGGCACUGCACCAACGCCUACAUGCUGGUGUACAUCAGGGAGUCAAAGCUGAGUGAGGUUCUACAAGCAGUCACAGACCAUGAUAUUCCGCAGCAGCUGGUGGAACGGUUGCAAGAAGAGAAGAGGAUCGAGGCUCAGAAACGGAAGGAGCGGCAGGAAGCCCAUCUCUAUAUGCAAGUGCAGAUCGUCGCAGAGGACCAGUUCUGUGGCCACCAAGGAAAUGACAUGUAUGACGAAGAGAAAGUGAAGUACACUGUGUUCAAAGUCCUGAAGAACUCCUCUCUGGCCGAGUUUUUUCAGAUCCUCUCUCAUACCAUGGGAUUUCCACAAGACCAGAUUCGAUUGUGGCCCAUGCAAGCAAGGAGUAAUGGAACAAAACGACCGGCGAUGUUGGACAAUGAAGCUGACGGCAGUAAAACAAUGAUUGAACUCAGUGAUAAUGAGAACCCCUGGACGAUAUUCCUGGAAACAGUUGAUCCUGAGUUGGCUGCGAGUGGAGCAACAUUACCCAAGUUUGAUAAAGACCAUGAUGUAAUGUUAUUUUUGAAGAUGUAUGAUCCCAAAACACGCAGCUUGAAUUACUGUGGGCACAUCUACACCCCCAUAUCCUGUAAAAUACGUGACUUGCUCCCGGUUAUGUGUGACAGAGCAGGAUUUAUCCAAGAUACUAGCCUUAUCCUCUAUGAGGAAGUUAAGCCGAACUUAACAGAGAGAAUUCAGGACUAUGACGUGUCUCUUGACAAAGCACUCGACGAACUCAUGGACGGUGACAUUAUCGUAUUUCAAAAGGAUGACCCCGAAAAUGAUAACAGUGAAUUACCCACGGCAAAAGAAUAUUUCAGAGACCUCUACCACCGCGUUGAUGUCAUUUUCUGUGAUAAAACAAUCCCUAAUGAUCCUGGAUUUGUGGUUACAUUAUCAAAUAGAAUGAAUUAUUUUCAGGUCGCAAAGACAGUUGCCCAGAGGCUCAACACGGAUCCCAUGUUGCUGCAGUUCUUCAAGUCUCAAGGGUAUAGGGACGGCCCAGGCAAUCCUCUUAGACAUAACUAUGAAGGUACUUUAAGAGAUCUUCUACAGUUCUUCAAGCCUAGACAACCUAAGAAGCUUUACUAUCAGCAGCUUAAGAUGAAAAUCACAGACUUUGAGAACAGACGAAGUUUUAAGUGUAUAUGGUUAAACAGCCAGUUUAGGGAAGAGGAAAUAACACUAUAUCCAGACAAGCACGGGUGUGUCCGGGACCUGUUAGAAGAAUGUAAAAAGGCUGUGGAGCUCGGUGAGAAAGCAUCAGGGAAACUUAGGCUGCUAGAAAUUGUAAGCUACAAGAUUAUUGGGGUGCAUCAAGAAGAUGAACUACUAGAAUGUUUAUCUCCUGCAACGAGUCGAACGUUUCGAAUAGAGGAAAUACCGCUGGACCAGGUAGACAUUGAUAAGGAGAACGAGAUGCUGAUCACAGUGGCACAUUUCCACAAAGAGGUGUUUGGGACAUUUGGUAUCCCGUUUUUGCUGAGGAUACACCAGGGCGAGCAUUUCAGAGACGUCAUGAAGCGGAUCCAGAGCCUGCUGGACAUCCAGGAGAAGGAGUUUGAGAAGUUUAAAUUCGCAAUUGUAAUGAUGGGCCGACACCAGUAUAUAAAUGAAGAUGAGUAUGAAGUAAACUUGAAAGACUUUGAGCCUCAGCCUGGUAACAUGUCUCAUCCUCGGCCGUGGCUGGGGCUCGACCACUUCAACAAAGCCCCAAAGCGGAGUCGCUACACGUACCUGGAGAAGGCUAUUAAGAUCCAUAACUGAGUGUCCCCGGGGUGUGCGAGGCGGGGGUGGCGCGUGGUGCGCGCCCCUUUUUAACAGCCGCAGAACUCUGGUACACGUGUGCUCUAGCCCGUCUUCAGCAAGAGGAGCUGCUGCUGAUGUUAAUUUUAUUUUGUUGAGGCUGUUCAGUUUGGCUUCUCUGUAUCUAUUGACUGCCCUUUUUGAGCAAAAUGAAGGUGUUUUUAUAAAGCUUGGAUGCCAAUGAGAGUUAUUUUAUGGUAACCACAAUGCAAGGCAACUGUGGGCAUCAUGGGGAGAGGUGAGCGGAGCGUGUCACUGGCAGGAGGUCUCCAGGCUGUCUUGUAGCUGCAGGCGCUGCCCGGCCGCCCUCGCAGGCCCCGGCCCCAGCCCUGCCGCCGCCGGGAAGUCUGGUGUCCGGGCUCGUCUGACUUCCUUCCUUCAGUUAUACUUUCAAUGACCUUUUGUGCAUCUGUAAAGGCAAAACAGAAACUCACAACCUAAUAAAUAGCGCUCUUUCCUUCA